CCGCCUGCUCGGGGUCCUUGCUGAGCUCCGCGCCAGUGCUGCAGAUGUUCAACAAACCAGACGAUUACACCUGAAAUAACUCACUUUUCCGGAUAGUUACGGCGCCGCUGGCCCCCUGGACGCCCAACCAUGAACCUGGAGCUGCUCGAGUCGUUCGGGCAGAACUAUCCAGAGGAGGCCGAUGGCACCCUGGACUGCAUCAGCAUGGCCCUCACCUGCACCUUCAACCGCUGGGGAACCCUGCUGGCCGUCGGCUGCAACGACGGACGCAUCGUCAUCUGGGACUUCCUGACGCGGGGAAUCGCCAAGAUCAUCAGCGCUCACAUCCACCCCGUCUGCUCCUUGUGUUGGAGUCGAGACGGACACAAGCUGGUCAGCGCGUCCACAGACAACAUCGUGUCCCAGUGGGACGUCCUGACGGGAGACUGUGACCAGCGGUUCCGCUUCCCCUCGCCCAUCCUGAAGCUGCAGUACCACCCGCGGGACAUGGACAAGGUGCUGGUGUGUCCCAUGAAGUCGGCUCCGGUCCUGCUGACGCUGUCGGACUCCAAACACGUGGUGCUGCCCGUGGACGACGACUCGGACCUGAACGUGGUGGCAGCGUUUGACCGGAGAGGGGAAUACAUCUACACCGGGAACGCCAAGGGAAAGAUCCUGGUGCUGAACACGAACACUCAGGAGCUGGUGGCGUCUUUCAGGGUGACGACCGGCACCAGCAACACCACGGCCAUCAAGUCCAUCGAGUUCGCACGGAAGGGCAGCUGCUUCCUCAUCAACACGGCGGACCGGAUCAUCAGGGUUUACGACGGCCGGGAGAUCCUGACCUGCGGUCGGGACGGAGAACCAGAACCCAUGCAGAAACUACAGGACCUGGUCAACAGGACUCCGUGGAAACGCUGCUGCUUCUCCGGAGACGGCGAGUACAUCGUGGCGGGAUCGGCCCGGCAGCACGCCCUCUACAUCUGGGAGAAAAGCAUCGGGAACCUGGUGAAGAUCCUGCACGGGACCCGGGGGGAGCUGCUGCUGGACGUGGCGUGGCAUCCGGUCCGACCAAUCAUCGCCUCCAUCUCCAGCGGAGUCGUGUCCAUCUGGGCCCAGAACCAAGUGGAGAACUGGAGCGCCUUCGCCCCGGACUUCAAGGAGCUGGACGAGAACGUGGAGUACGAGGAGCGGGAGUCCGAGUUCGACAUCGAGGACGAGGACAAGAGUGAACCGGAGCAGACUGGCGCCGACGCUGCGGAGGAUGAAGAGGUGGACGUGACGUCUGUGGAUCCAAUCAUCGCCUUCUGCAGCAGCGACGAGGAGAUCGAGGACUACAAGGCGCUGCUGUACCUGCCCAUCGCCCCGGAGGUGGAGGACCCGGAGGAGAACCCGUUCGGGCCCCCGCCCGACGCCGCGGCGCAGCCCGGCGCCCCGGACGACGCGCUGGCCGGCGCCGGCGGGGACAAGAAGCAGCGGCAGCCGUCGUCGGAGGGCGGCCCGGCCAAGAAGAAGGCCCGCACCACCACCAUCGAGCUCCAGGGGGUCCCCAGCGACGAGCUGCACCCCCUGCUGGGCGUGAAGGGCGACGGCAAGUCGAAGAAGAAGGCGGCGGGCCGGCCCAAGGGCUCCAAAGGUAAAGACAAAGACUUCCCGUUCAGGCCCAAGCGGCCCGCCUUCCCCUCGCUGGGGGGCGACGCCCUGGGAAGCUCCGCCCCCGCAGGCCUGGGAGGAGGAGGAGGAGGAGGAGGGAUGAAGGGCAGGGCAGAGGGGUGCCUGGCCUCAGGGAAUCUGGUGUCACAGUCGUACAAACAGCACGACAUGGGAGGGCUGGACUGAUGCACCGCCGUCUUUCAGAGACAAACAUCACAUGUACAGAUACAGACGAGCAGCUCGUUGGGCCGGCAGACUGUUAGACUGUUUCCUCCCAGUAAACUGUUUCCUCCCAGCCAGCCGGAUCUCUGAUGGAAAACCGCGGAGAGACGACGCCAUGAGUCGCCCGUCUCCGCAGGAAUCCUGUAUAGAACGCCCACGUCCCCUUAGUGUUGUUGUUCCUGUUGUUUUUAUACGUAUUAAAACAUUUGUCAUUUAUAGUUUA